AUGUGUGACAUCAAUCAAAACUUCCCCUCCGCUCCACACCAGCUGCACAACCGCUGCUCGCCCAUGCGCAACACCCUCUCGCCUUCCUCCGCCAUGUCUGGCCGUAAGCGGAAAGCCGAUGACGAUAUCGAGGAUGAGCGCAUGUCUCAGUCACCGUCCAACUCGCCUGCCAUUUCUUCACGACCGCCGCCUCGCUCGAUACAGAAGCGUGUGCGCUCGAACAUCUCUGGUCGAUCUCUCCCUCUACCCCGCCUCCUCGAGACUCUCUCUCCCGACCAAAUGCGGAACCUGCUGCAAUCGAUAUGUCAGCGCCACCCAGACAUCGGUAACGAGGUCGUCACAACAGCACCACGGCCAAGCAUACAGUCGACAUUGGAGGUGCUCUCCAAGUACGAAUCUGAGUUCCAAGCGGCAUUCCCAUUCGGCGGCAGCUCGUCAUCAGACUAUGCAUACAACCGGGUACGACAACAGCUCACAGAACUGCUCGAAGCACUGAAAGACUUCACACCCCACUUCCUCCCGCCAAACGAACAGCAAGCCGCCACAUCACUAGCCUUCCUCGAUGGAGCCACCGACGUUAUCCACCGCCUGCCCAACUGGGACACCUACCAACAUAGCCGUCACAAAGAGGAGGCAUACGAGGAGAUGGCCAAGGCUUGGGCGAUGGUCAUCCGCGAGGCGGCCAAGAAGGCAGGAGGUAUGCAGCUGCUGUACGGUGGCUGGGACCAGAAGAUUGCAAAGCACAAUGAGGUUUCAGGCGGAAAGAUGCAGGAGGCAGUCAACGAACUGCGGGGUGGAUUGGGUUGGAUGGCCGCCGAGACGCCAGCGCCUGCGGCAGGGGGACAAGCCGAUGCCAUGUCCAUUCGACAGCAAUUGUUGAACGGCAGCUAUGGUAUCGGUUCUCCUGCUAGCAUUGGAGCUUGGUAG